AUGUAAUGUUACUUAUUCAUUAAACAUUUAACUUAAAAUCCAUUUAUAGUUUUAUUUUUAAUAUCUAACUACCUUCAACGAGGAAACUCUUAAAUUUAUUGCAUGUACGUGGUAGAUUUCUAAUAAUUGAGAACAAUAUUAGCAAUCAUGGUGAUAUUUGCUUGUAAUGCUUGUGGUCAAUCUAUCAAAAAGAACCAGGUUGAAAAACAUUGCCAAUUCCAAUGCCGAAAUUGUGAAUCUUUAUCAUGUAUGGACUGUGGAAAAGAUUUUUGGGGUGAUGAUUAUAAACAACAUAUUAAAUGUAUAACUGAAGAUGAAAAGUAUGGAGGCAAAGAUUUUAAGGCUAAACCAAGUAGCAACAAGGGUGAAAUAAAGCAAGAAAAAUGGAUUGAGCAUAUUCAAGAUACCAUAAAAUCAAAGAAUCUGAGUGGUCCAUUGGCCAAUCUUCUGGAGCAUAUUAUUCAGUUCAACAACAUUCCAAGAAAAAGGUGCAAGUUUGAGAAUUUUCUUAAAAACAGUGCUAAAGUCAGAAAUCAAGGACUGAUCAAUAGCGUAUGGGAAAUAUUUGCAGAAAGUACAAAAAAUGGGACAGGUACUUCUGAAAGCCCUGCUGUUAAUGGUGAUAUUAAAAGAUGCGCUGAAGAAAAUUCUAAUGAGAACCUAGCAAAAAAGGCUCGGCAAGAAACAAUGACUCCUAAUGAUUCCUCAAAUUUUAAUUGGUCUUCUGUCAUGGAAGAAAUACUGUCCAACAGUUCUGAAAAAUGCUAUGCCUGUGAAGGAACUCAGAAAACAGGUUACUGCUAGGUACAAAUCUAUUAUGAAGGAUUCUAGUAAAAUUUCUGAUGCUGAACUCAAAAGAAAUUUCAAGAAUGUUUUAAACAAUAAGGAGUUGUUUCACUUGUUUAAAAAUGACAAUGGUUCAUUAAAUUAAAUCA